AUGACUCAAAAAUUCGAUAUCGAGGUCGGAGGACGAUUAAUGUCGUUCGAGACCGGAAACCUCGCGCCACAGGCCGGAGGAGCGGUGACACUUCGCUACGGCGACCUUGUCUUGCUCGCUACGGCGACCGCGAGCAAAACUCCGCGUCAGGGCGUCGAUUUCCUGCCUUUGACGGUGGAUGUCGCUGAAAAAGCGUAUGCGGCUGGGAAAAUGCCCGGUGGUUUCUUCAAGCGCGAAGGGCGACCAAGUUCGGAAGCGAUUUUGGCCGCUCGAUUGUGUGACCGCCCGCUACGUCCGCUGUUUCCCAAAAACUUCCACAACGAGACACAGAUCAUCAUUACGAUACUGGCGGCAGACGAGGUAAAUCCCCACUCAACGUUGGGAAUCGUCGGCGCGUCGGCAGCACUGGCAAUCUCGGACAUCCCGUUCGACGACCCUGUCGGGGCGUGCAUCAUCGGCUACAUCGGCGGUGAACUCGUGGUCAACCCGACCUACGAGGAACUCGAGAAGUCCGCGCUUGAAUUGACGGUUGCAGGAACCUCGGACGCCAUCAUGAUGGUUGAAGCUGGCGCGAAAUUCGUCUCGGAGGAGGUAAUCCUCGAGGCGUUGAAGUUAGCUCAAGAAGUUAACGGCGAAAUCGUUUCCCACAUUAGAGACAUCCAAGCGGAAAUCGGCAAGACGAAGUGGGCAGCACCCGAAGCGACCGACGAAGAACUCGCAGCUCAGGCAGCGACGAGGGAGCGCAUAGGCAACUCAAUUGUUGAAGCACUCAAUCUCGGCGGAGGCAAGGAAGCACGCGAAGAAGCCGUCAAGCAGAUCAUGUCCGACGCUAAGGCGGAACUGACAUCGGGCGAAGACGCGUUUGACGCCUUGCAUGUUCAGUCCGAGUUGUAUUCCUUGGAAAAGGAAGCGGUACGCCAGGGAAUCUUGGAAGAAGACCGCCGUCCCGACGGACGAAAUCUAGAAGACUUGCGACCCCUCGACUCCAUGGUCGGCUACCUCCCGCGUGUGCACGGCUCUAGCGUCUUCCAGCGAGGCGAAACCCAAGUUCUUGGCGUGUUGACGUUGGCCUCGGCCGCGGACGCGCAACGCCUUGACAACCUUUCGCCGACUACGACUAAGCGGUUCAUGCACCACUACAACUUCCCGCCCUACUCGACUGGCGAAGCCGGAAGAUUCGGUUUCACGGGACGACGCGAGGCUCUUUUGGCGUUGAUGGACGGCGGUGUGCCGAUAUCCGCGCCCGUCGCCGGCAUCGCUAUGGGGCUCAUCACUGGUGAAAACGGUGUCGCCAAGGUCCUCACAGACAUCCAAGGCGCGGAAGACCACGCCGGUGAUAUGGACUUCAAAGUAGCGGGAAGCCGAGACGGCAUCACCGCGUUACAGAUGGACAUCAAGGUCAAAGGCAUCACUUACGAAAUCAUGUCCGAGGCACUUGAGCAAGCUCGAAACGCCCGACUCCAGAUCCUCGAGCACAUGGAGCAGACCAUCGCUGCACCUCGAACUGAUCUGCGUGACGGUGCUCCAAGAAUGACGACGAUCAAGGUUCCGACCGACAAAAUCGGUAUGGUCAUUGGCCCAGGCGGUUCCAACGUUCGCGGAAUCCAGGAAGAGUUCGGCGUCAGCGUCGACAUUCAGGACGACGGCAGCGUCACCAUUGGUGGCUCACAAACGGACAAGGUUCAGGGUGCCAUCGAAAGCAUUCGCACGAUGACAAAAGGUGUUGAACUCGGAGAACUGUACAAAGGCAAGGUCGUCAAGAUCAUGGAUUUCGGUUGCUUUGUCAACCUGAUCCCCGGAAAAGACGGCAUGGUUCACAUCAGCGAACUGUCCGACACCCGUGUCCCCGACGUCCAAUCAGUGGCCAAUGAAGGCGACGAAUUGGAUGUCAUGGUAGUGAACGUUGACCCGAAUGGUCGCGUUGACCUGUCCGUACGAGCGGUCAUCGAAGAACGCAGCCAUGGCGAUCACGAUCGAGCACUCGAAGAAGCAGUUGGACGACGCCGACCAAGUAAUCGUGGCGGGCGCGGCGGUUCCGACCGUGGCGGCCGUAGCGGCGGUGGCGGUGGUGGCCGCUUCGACCGUGGCGGCGGCGGCGGCGGCGGCGGACGCGACAACUUUGAUCGCGGCGGCCGGCGAGACGGCGGCUUCGGCGGUGGCGGUUCCGACCGCGGCGGCCGGGGUGGCGGUGGCGGCGGUGGUCGAUUCGACCGCGGCGGCGACCGACGCGACGACUCCGAUCGCGGCGGCCGGCGAGACGGCGGCUUCGGCGGUGGUGGCCGACGCGGUGGCGGCGGCCGGCGAGACGACUUCGGCGACGGUGGCGCAAGGCCGCGACGUCGCAUGAUCUCGCGCGACUGA